AUGACAUCAGAUUCACGAAUGCGUAACCAACAAAACAGAUAUGUUCAUUCAUCAAAUUCAUAUUCAAACAAAAAACGACAAUCAACUCGAUCAAAAAAGAGACAUGAACUAAUUUAUUUUUAUGGUGAUGAAUUUCAAUAUGAAAGGGAGUUUGAUUAUGAAAAUGAAGACAUCGAUUGGGAAGAUGUGAGUAAUUAUAUCGAUGCACAAUGGAAAGAAAUUUGUGAUGUUAUCGAUCUUAAUGAUUCUGAACUUCUCGAAUGUCUUUUACCACCAACGAAUGUUUUUAAUAGUAAAGAAAUCUAUUGGACCAAUGAAUUAUCAGCAAAAGAAUACAAACCUUUUAUAAAUAUUCUUUCACAUGCAAUUCGCAUUGGACAUUCUUACUGUGUUGGAGUCAUUUUAGACAAAAUCUAUACUGGAGAGUUAGAAACGGAUUUACUACAUAAAUUUUACAAUAUAGAACAUGUUCCCCUAUGGUAUGCAUGUAAAUUUUCAGAUUUGAAUCUCGUACAAGAAUUAGUUGAAUAUGCACAUGUUAAUAUUAAUCAAUAUGAUUUUUUGAGACUUGCUGUUCUACAAAAUGAUGUUCUUUUAGUCGAUUAUCUCUUAAGUCAAGGAUAUGACAUACAAUCACAUCUAUAUGAAGAUAUUUUACAUCGUGCUGUUGAUAGAGGUUAUUUUCAUAUUGUUAAAACUCUUCUAAAAUAUGGUGUUGAUCCUAAUCCGCAAGAUGAUGUGGACAAAACUCCUCUUGAUUACGCUAUUCAUCAUAAAGAUGUCGACAUGAUUAAAGUUCUUCUUGAACAUAAACAUGGACAUUUGCAACCGAAUUACGAUAAGUUUACACCGAUGAUGUUAGCUGCUCAUCAUAAUUCAAGAUAUAUUGUUGAUUUACUUUUUCGAUUAUUACCGUUUGAUCAAUGUAUUGAUGAUUUAGUUCGCUUAGCUUGUCGAUAUACGGUUGAUCUCGAAAUACAUGAUCAAGAAAUGGCAUUUUAUUUCUUCUCUCAAGGUCUGAAUAAGAAACAAUUAUCAGAUGAUUUCCCUCUUUAUGAAGUUUAUGAAUUUCGUCGCGAAUGUCAAACAUUAGAAGAACUUGAAUCAAUACGAAAUGAUUCUCAUUUGAUGCAAUUACAUGCUUUACUUGUGAAUGAACGAAUGUAUCUUGAACAUGGUGAUACAAAUUUGUAUCUGAAUAUCAUUGAAAAGCAAUGUGAGCCUUAUAUCGGAAGAAAUUCAGUUCAUCAACGUUUUCAUUUACGUUUACAUGCUUAUCAAUUGAUUCUUCGAAUUCAAAAAGAUGAAUAUGAUUUUAAAAGAUUAUUCGAUGAAGAAACAAAUGACGAAUUAUGUCAAGAUUUCUUUCAAAUAUGGGAAAAUGAUGGUUUUGUAUCAAUUGAUUCGUUAGUCACUGUUGCCAAUUGGAUGUUUUUUUCCAAUUUGUCUUUCACAAGUCUUCAAAUAAAAAUUGUUAAGAUUAUUAUUUGUAUACUUCAAUCGAAGAAAUUGACAAAAAAUCAACAAAUUACUCUUAUAAAUAUUGUAAAACGUCUUGAAACAGAACACAAAAGUUAUUUUCUCGGGUGUUUUAUGGCAAAAAUAGUGGAGGGCUCUUCAAUUGAACAAUCCGGUCAAUCAAGUUUUUCAAUAUUCUCUGCCAUUCUUUUCCUAAUUCACUGUGGAACAGAUGUCAAUGGUAUUUUUCAUUCUUGGACUGGAGAUCGACCAUUGCAUCUUAUAGCCCGAUGUUCCGAUAUAAUCGAAGCAAAACUUAUCAUUGAAUUACUUCUUAAUUGUGGUGCACAUCCUGAUGCGAUUAAUUAUUUUGGAAAUCAACCAAAAAAUGAAGCUAAAGUACGUUCUGUCAAAAAAUUACUUUCAACUAGUCGACAUCUUUCUCUCAAAUGUCGAUGUGCUCAAGUAAUUAUUUCGCAAAAGAUCAAUUAUAAACAUUAUUUCAACAGAAGAACUAUCGAUUUUAUUCAAUUACAUGAUUGUAAAACGGACGAUGACAAAGUUGUAAGAUGA